AUGAGCUUUUAUUCUCCAACAACAAAUUUUUAAUAAAACUACCAAAAUGAUUUAAGUGCAACUUAAUAAUAUUAAAAUUUUGCCAUGACAGAGCUCUAUCAGCAAUCUAAGUCCGAGCAGCAGUUUAACUCAGACAUGGAUGUGAUUGGAAGGGCAAUAUCAGAUUUAAGCAAUCGAUUAGCGAGUGGUUAAAUAAAUUACGGCACAUUAGAUCAAUCAAAAUAGCUAUUAAAUGAAAGAACUAAUCUUUAAGAAAAAACUAGAUAAUAUUAUAGGAAUAUGAAAGAUUUUCUAGAUGUUUUAAACGAUAAAUCAGGGAAUUAUACUUCCUAUGAUACUCAUGGAACCUUUUAAACCUUUAAAAAUCUUAGAGAAAAACUACAAAUGGAUAGAGGCAUAAUCAUGGCAAAACUCUUUCAAUUCACGAACCCAUCAGCAUAAGCAAACAAUAUAAGCAGAAAUACAAGUUUGUCAAAUAUAGGGAAAAAUCUUUUGAACAAUUCGAUGCUCUCAAAUGAUGUCAGUAGAUUAUAUGAUAAGAAUGUUUCUAAGUAGAUUCUUAUGCCAAAUGGAGGCGCUUUAGAUAGAAGUAGCAUGCUUUAUUCAGCACAAGGAUCUACAAGAAUAGAGCCUAAUGCAUCAAUAUCUCUUGUUAAUCCUGAUAAAUCUGCUUUAAGUCUUUUUAAUAAUUCAAUUAAUGAUAGCCUAUAAAAUGCAACAAAUGUUUCAAGACUUUAAUCAUAAAGUUAAUUACAACCACCUCCUGAUAAUUCAAUUAUAUAGUCUUAUUCUGAAUAGAUAAACAAAAGUUACAAAUAGGGAUAAGACAUAGCAGACGAAAUAAAAAUGGGGUUUGCAGGGCUUGAUCCAGCACUAAUUAAUGGUAACCAGAGCUAGCUUACAAAAGCAUUUAGGUCAAUCUUGCCAGAAGGAGAAAAGGAAAUUGAAAAAAUGUCAGAAGAGGAGAAAAAAUUUAUCAAUUUAAUUACGAAAGUUGGAGACGCACAAAGAUUCCUUAAAAAGAUUCCUCAAAACUCUCCUUUGUAUUACCAAAAGCUUUAAGAAAUAAACAUGCUCACAAAUCUCAAAAAUGAUGUUGAAAAAAUAGUUUAAGAAUAAAAAUAUUAAAGAAUGAGGGAAGAUUAUGAAAAAAGUGGGAAACCAGAUCCAGAAAGGGAAAGGUAAUUAAAAAUAAGAGGAGGUUUAAUUUAACGUUUGAAUGAUUUGCACAGUUCAAGAAAAUAUCAUCCCUUUGAAGGUUUUACAAUAUUUUGGGACUGGAUAGUGAAUUUACCCAAAAAAUAUGAUAGUUGUAAGUUAUAAUGGGGUUUAUUUAAGAAGAGUGAAGUUAUAGUCAGUCCAAAAUACAUAGAAGAGAGAUAAGCAAUAGCCAUGAAUUUUAAUAAUAAAUAAGUUGUUUGGGGAGACAGAGAUCAUGUAUAUGAUAUUAAAGCCCAUAAAGAUAUUUUGCUUGUUGUAGAAUUGUAGUGUUAUUUUAAAGAUCUUUCAGGUAAGCAAUCUAUGGAUGUCUAUGGUUGGUCUAUCCUUGAAUUGUUUGAUCUAAACUUGGAUCUAAUGAGAGGAAAGUGGAAAAUACCAUUUUAUUCAACCAAGAUCAACCCUAACGUUUUAGUUAGUCAAGUAAAAAGGCUUUAAAGUCAAAGUAACACAAUGUUACAUUUGAGAAUAUGUUUCCCAUAAGACCAUGAGUUUGGUGACGAAUACCCAUUGCAUCCUUUAAGUCAAGGCAAUGAAUUCUUCCUUCCUGUAAUUCAUAAGAAAACUCUUAUCUAAGCUUCGAUAGAAUGGGAUUUAACAAAAUCUCUUUAGACAUCAGAAAUGUUUAAUAGAAAGGAUGAGUCUUCAGAUGAUGACAGUGACAUAUCUGAAGAUGCUGACGCUAAUUUUGGUAAGGGUGAAAUGGGCCCAUAAUAACCGGCUGUAGAAGAGUGGAAACCAAAGCCAUAUCCUGAUAAUCGUAGAGGUCUUCAUGUGACCAUUCAUAAUUUACUCAGAUACUUGAAAGAUAGAAGGUCUAAGGUUAGAUGCUUUCUAAUAGAUACUAAAAGAGGUACUAUAAAGGAUGACAUGGGAGAUGAGUGUAUGUUUGAGACAGAUGUGUAUGCUCCAAGUAAAAAGCCUAAACUAAAAUAGGGAGAAGAAAGCAUAACAGAUUAAAUAGAAGAAUCUAUUUUAAUCUAGGAAGGUAUAACUGCAAUCGAGGAAGAUUACCACUUUUUUGUGGAUAUUGAAACUUAUGCAUAUAAUAACAAGGCAUUCGAAGAUGUUUUCUUACUUUUCUAGGUAUACAGUGAUAAAUACUAAUAAAUAGAUAGUGAUGAUGAAGAUAAUGAGGAAGAUAUUGAUGCAAACACAAAAUUAAUUGUUGAUGAAACUGGUAAAACUAUCAAAGUAAGAACAGAUGGUACCGAAAUCGAUAAACAUGGAGAAAAGAAGAAGAAGAAAGGAGUCCUUUAGGGUAAAUCUUGGUAUGCAUUCCCUCUUUUCGAAGGAGAUCGUGCAAAUCUAGGACAUUACAUCAAAUAACUAUACGAUUUGCCAAUUCAAAAACCUCCUUUUAAUGAACAUGCUAUCAAUUUUUUUGAUAACUCAGAAAUAGAUUUCUCCAUCAACUUCUUCGGCUACACAAAGGAUAAUAUGAAGAAUCUCAAGUAAAAGUACCAAGACUUAAGAGACUUCAAAAAACAACAAAGAAAGAAACCUAAGCCUCCCAAAAAGAAGAAAGUUAUAGUUAAGGAUGAGCUUGAUGACCUUUCUAAGGCCUUCUUAGAGAAUCUUGAAAGGUAGUAUCAUGAUAGGCCUUUUGAGAAGGGUUAUGGUAUUGACUUUUAUGUUGAUGCUGCUAGAUUCCUACCUGAUAAUGUGACUAUUUGCAAAAUAUCAGUUACAAUUAUAAAUCACAACUUUGAAAAAGUCUUUGAGUCUGAUGCAGCUCUUCCUGAUCUUUUAAGUGAUGCUUUUUCUCCUAAGUUCUCGUUCAGAAAAGAACUCAGAGCUACUCAUUUUGACCCAACUUUGUAAGCUUUCAUGACUGUAGAAACAAUAGAUAAUAUGAAUAAAGAAGUUAGAAUUGUUGGUUAUAGCAUUAUCAAUUUCUUCUUGAAUUAAAAAACUAAAAAGUAACCCACAAACUAGCUUGAUACUGACAUUAUUCUGCAAGAUGGAAAUUACUAAAUACCUAUUUUUUGCUAGCAUCCACCUAAAAUUAAACCAUUCAAUGUUGAAAGAUUGUCUUAGCUUGAUAAAUUGCCUUGUGCAUCACUUCUUGUUCGUAUUAGACUUGCCCCUAUGAGUGAAGAUGGUUUAAGAGCUCUUACACUAGAUGAUAUUCAGAAGUAGGAUUGGGAAAAAAUAGGACUUUGGGUUCCUGCACCUCCUUAUAGUAUAGAAAGACAAUCAUUUUAUAACACUUCAUAUUAUAAUUUGAGAGAUAGUGAGAAAGAACUUUUCGUUAUAAGACUCAAUAGAUAGAGUCCGCCAUAAGUUGAGUUGUUAAAUAUUAUAGUUAAUGCUGUAGCCUAAAAAACAAAGCAAGACAGAAUAGCUUAGGCAGAAAAGUUAAAAUCUAAAAUUAAACCAACAGAGGCAGAAUUGGAAAGAGGAAUUGUUACAAAAAUAGAUAAUGUUGGUGAAGCUAAGCAGUGGAUUGACAAAAAUAUUAUUAGAGAUCCAUAUACAGAUAUCAUUGAGCUUUAAUAUUUUGCAAAAUAUAAACCAGAUGCAGGUUUUAAAUUCAGUUUAGACGGUUUCCACAACAACCCUCAAACAGAUUAACCAAUAAUUGGUUUGUUUUGUCUUAAUCCUCCUGGAGAUUUGUAUAAAAAUCUUGGUGCAAAAACGGAUACAGUCAUAUUAGAUUCCGCCUUUAAUUGGGACUCACCAAUUAUAUCACCCUAGUUUAAUGAAGGCUAUUUCACUUUCCGUGGAAUUGAUUAUUCAAAGAAUUUAUCUAUCAUAAUUGACUGCAGAAAAGUUAAAUUUAGUGAGAGAGGAGACAAAGUUGUUAUUGAAAAUGUUGGAUGGACAAUAUGUCCUAUCUUUACUCCAAAUGGAUACGUAAAAAGUGGAAUUUAUCAAAUUCCUAUGUUUAAAGGAUCUAUUCCGAUGCAUGUCGUUGAUAGCAUUACCAGGUAAGAUCCAUGGGAGUACAUAGAAGAAUAGCUAAAAACUCCAAAAAGUGGAGUUGUUUACUACGAAAAUAUGAGCGCUAUUAUUAGACUUCUUGAUGCUUAAAGAGAUGGUCAUUAUUAAGUACCUUUCGAUCAUACACGUAUGAUUUAUAAGUACAUUCCAAAGAAUAGAUUAGGUAGCUAUGCGUACAAUGCUGCUGUAGAAGUUAAACUCCAGAAGGCUAAGAAGCUAAUAUCUCUUGUGCCUAACAAAGCAAAAGUAAACGAAUACCAAGAAAAACUUACACAAUCAGUCAUAAAAAGUCUUGGAUUAAAAUGA